GCUCUUGCGUCAAGCUGGUCCAGAGAGGGUGCAUGGCUUGGAGAGGGUCGUGGUUGGGAACAAGGGCAGAGCCUGAGCCAGGUGGACUCGAACAAGACCUCCUCCAUCUCUCCUUGUGCCUGUGGCCAACCGAGGUGACACCAAUAGGUGAGGUUGAGGAAAGAUCUGUUGCUCACAAAAAUCCCGUAUUAGUGAUCCUGCUGGUGGUGUCCUUGGCUCGUGGAUCCAGCGGGGUUUCUGCAGUGUGGGCUCUGGCUACUUCUUCGUGGCCUCGAUGACAAAGCGUCAUGCCAGCGAGGAGUCAGGUUGGAGGUAUUUUUGAUGCUGUGCCCGAGCGGUAAUCUGGAAAUCUGUUUACUUCAUUCCUCCCUGUCAGGGGAAUGGCGCUCAGAAAUAUUUUCUGCUUUUACCUGCACAUGUAAGGAUUUGUUGCCUAAUUGCAAUGUGAGAUCCCAUAAAGAUACUUGGCUGAUGUGGUAAAAGAGCUUGUGUAUGGCCAGAUGUUUUUCUCCUGCCUCUCCAUGCUAGGAAAGUUGUUGAAGGCUUGUGUCACGAUGCUUGUCUCCCGCCAUGGUGUCCCCUGCUCCUUCUCCUGUCUGUUGGUGCUGUUUGUGCCUGGACUCCAGCCCCAGAUUCCAGCCUGCAGUGGUGCAAGGUGGGGCAAGAGGAAACACAUCCACGGCCCUUGGACCUGCCCCGUGCACGUGCUUGCUUGAGGCCGUGUCGCUGCACUGAGGGGUGGGUCCAUGUCCCAGCUCCAGAGCUCCUGGGAAGCGCACCGGCAGGACAUGGCUUAUCUCCCAGACCCAGACAUGGAGACUGUGGCUGCCAGCACGUCGCUUCCCGACCCAGCUGGCGAGUUCGACAGGAACGUGCCCCGAAUCUGUGGGGUCUGUGGGGACAGAGCCACGGGCUUUCACUUCAACGCCAUGACCUGCGAAGGCUGCAAGGGCUUCUUCAGGCGAAGCAUGAAGAGGAAGGCGAUGUUCACGUGUCCGUUCAACGGCGACUGCAAAAUCACCAAGGACAACCGGCGGCACUGCCAGGCCUGCCGGCUGAAGCGCUGCGUGGACAUCGGCAUGAUGAAGGAGUUCAUCCUGACGGACGAGGAGGUCCAGAGGAAGCGCGAGAUGAUACUGAAGCGCAAGGAGGAGGAGGCGCUGAAGGAGAGCCUGAAGCCCAAGCUCUCGGAGGAGCAGCAGAAAGUCAUCGACAUCCUCCUGGAGGCCCACCACAAGACCUACGACCCCACGUACUCCGACUUCACCAAGUUUCGGCCCCCGGUGAGAACCAGGUCCAGCAGCAGGGUGGCGGCGCGGUCCUCCUCCAUGCUCACCCAGGACUUCUCCUCGGAGGACUCCACCGACGCCUUCGGCUCCGAUGCCUUCAGCACGUUCCCCGAGUCCGUGGAGCCCCCGAUGUUUUCAAACCUGGUCCUGUCCGAGGAGAACGACGAGAGCUCCUCCAUGAACAUCGAGUUCUCCCACCUCUCCAUGCUCCCGCACUUGGCCGACCUGGUCAGCUACAGCAUCCAGAAGGUGAUCGGCUUUGCCAAAAUGAUCCCGGGAUUCAGGGAUCUGACCGCAGAGGACCAGAUCGCCCUGCUGAAAUCCAGCGCCAUCGAGGUGAUCAUGCUGCGCUCAAACCAGUCCUUCACCCUCGAGGACAUGUCGUGGACCUGCGGCAGCGCUGACUUCAAGUACAAAGUCAGCGACGUCACCCAGGCCGGCCACAGCAUGGACCUGCUCGAGCCGCUCGUGAAAUUCCAGGUCGGCUUGAAGAAGCUGAACCUUCACGAAGAAGAGCACGUGCUGCUCAUGGCCAUCUGCAUCCUGUCCCCAGAUCGCCCCGGCGUGCAGGACACCUCGCUGGUGGAGGCCAUCCAGGAUCGCCUCUCGGACAUCCUGCAGACCUACAUCCGCUGCCGGCACCCGCCGCCCGGCAGCCGCCUGCUCUACGCCAAGAUGAUCCAGAAGCUGGCCGACCUGCGCAGCCUCAACGAGGAGCACUCCAAGCAGUACCGCUGCCUCUCCUUCCAGCCCGAGCACAGCAUGCAGCUCACGCCGCUGGUGCUCGAGGUCUUCGGCAACGAGAUCUCUUGACUCCCGCCGCCGCGGGCCGGGGCGCCCACGAGUAAAGGGAUAAGUCAGCCUGGCUUCCCUGGGGAGCCCGGGCACGAGGUCGGACACGGAGGGUUUGGUUUCACACUACUGCAGCUCCUGCUUUGGCUCAUCCACGGCGGCCGAGGUUUGCUCGCUGCAGAGCGGUCACGGACCAAAAUCUGCGCGUUUUUUUCCCCCCCCCACCACCACCUCCACCAGCGGCUUUUCCGCUCGCGUGCCCCCCGCGAGAGCUGACUUAUCCCUUUCUGGAUGUUUUUGAGGCUAGGCCGCCUCGAACCACUUCUUUCUGACCUGAGAAGUCGGGCUGCUUGGGAGGAGAAGCUGGGGGUUUUGCACAUCCGUGGCGCCGGGGAGCUGCUGGCGCCGGCUCCUGCUCCCCUCCGGGACCCGAGGGACCCGCGCGCUCGCCCCGCUUCCCGAAGGGCGAUGCCGACGGGACGGCACACCCCAAAUCUCCGCGGGGAAACGCUGCGGCCGUGCUAAAAGCACUCCUCCGAGAGGCAAAAUGGGGAGAAAAACCGCGUCUGGGAGCAUCCAGCCGAGCUGCGAUGCGCGUUCCUAACACUACUGCCUGCCCGGGGGGAGCGGAGCUGUUGGGGGGGCCUCCUGCAGCCCCCUCCCCGUCCCGUGUCACCCCCUCUGCUGCAGCUCGUGGCAGGGCUGGGCUCUCCGACCACCCGCGGGCUAACGAGGCAUCGCCUUAACGAUGGAGGUGGGGGCUCGGAGGGGGCACGCUGAGGUUUCCCGUGCACCCAUACUGGGACUUCUGAGGCUGCCUGGGGCACCCCGUCCCCUGCUGUCCCCCCCCUGCCGGGGUGGCCCUUCGGGUGGGGACAGCGGGAGGGCAGCUCAGGGACCCCGGAGGCGCCCGAAACACGGAGCAGAGGCGGAGGAGAGCGGGGGGAGCCUCGGUCCCAGCGGGCCCCUCAGCAGCGAGACCCAACCACGGCCGCCCCUCCGCGGGACACCGGGGGCUGGCCCCCAGGGACAGCGGUGCCACCGGCGCGGGGACGGGCGGCCGUGCACUUUAUGGGGGGGGGGGACAGGGACACGACACCGGGUCGGUUGCUGCAGCCGCCGCCGCCGCCACGUGCUGCUCUGUGCAAAUAAAUAUCGCUUGGGAACGGCGCCCGGGCUGGUU